AUGUCAGUCAAAGAAUUUGAUUCAGUUUCGAAGCAUUCGGCGGGAUCUUUCAACAAUGACAACAAGAGUUCAGAUGAUUUGACUUCCAAAGAGUCGCAUGAAGCGGAGCAUGGAAAUGUGCUUUCCAGAUACACCGAACAUGAAGUAAUGCAGAUGGGUAGAAAUUAUGCAGCUGAGAAUGAUAUGGAUACAGAACUAUUCGCCAAUGCAGCUGCAUUGGCAAGAUCGCCUGCUGGGUUCUUAGAUAUGGCUUUCCUUUCGGACGAAGAGAAGGCGGCUCUUAAACUCGAAGCGACAAAGAAAUGGCACAUUCCUAAAAAGUUGGUCGCAGUUAUUGCAUUAGGGUCAAUGGCCGCUGCAGUGCAAGGCAUGGACCAAACUGUUAUCAACGGUGCAACACUAUUCUACCCACGUGCAUUUGGUGUCACUGAAAUGAAAGAUGCUGAUUUGAUUGAGGGAUUGGUCAAUGGAGCACCUUACUUGUGUGCAUCCUGUAUUGCUUGUUGGAUGUCCGACUUUUGGAACAGACAUUUGGGAAGAAAAUGGGUUAUAUUUUGGACGUGUUUCAUAUCUGCCAUCACGUGUGUGUGGCAAGGGUUUGUCAACAAUUGGUGGCACUUGUUCAUUUCUCGAUUCUUUUUGGGAUUCGGUGUUGGUAUCAAAUCUGCAACUGUUCCUCCGUAUGCAGCAGAAUGUGCACCAAAGCAUAUUCGUGGUGCGUUGGUCAUGUUGUGGCAAUUUUUUACAGCAGUUGGAAUAAUGUUUGGUUAUGUUGCUGCUUUGGCAUUCUACUACGUCCCUGACAGAAGCUUUGGCACCGGAUUGAAUUGGCGAUUGAUGUUGGGAAGUGCCUGUAUACCGGCUUUCAUUGUUUUAUUUCAAGUUCCCUACGUGCCAGAGUCGCCACGUUGGCUAAUGGGGAAAGGAAGACACAAGGAAGCGUUUGAGUCCUUGAAAGUAUUGCGUUUUGACGAAAUUUCAGCAGCAAGGGAUUGCUUUUAUCAGUAUGUUUUGUUGAAGGAGGAAGGCUCUUACAAGAUCCCCACCUGGAAAAGAAUCAUCGAAAUGUUUACCGUUCGAAGAAACAGAAAUGGUGCCAUUGCUUCUUGGAUCGUCAUGUUUAUGCAGCAAUUCUGUGGUAUCAACGUCAUUGCUUAUUAUUCGUCUUCGAUUUUCAUUGAAGCUAAUUUGAGUGAAAUCAAAGCCAUGUUGGCAUCCUGGGGGUUCGGAAUGAUCAAUUUCUUGUUUGCAAUUCCUGCAUUCUUGACGAUUGAUAAAUUUGGAAGAAGAAACUUGUUGCUCUUUGCAUUUCCGAUAAUGUCAGUAUUUUUGUUGAUUGCAGGGUUUGGAUUCUUGAUUGAUGAUACCAGAGGCAAGUUGGGCAUGGUUACCACAGGCAUAUACCUAUUUUCGUGUGUCUACUCCUCAUCUGAAGGACCGGUUCCAUUCACCUACUCAGCUGAAGCUUUCCCGUUAUAUAUCAGGGAUUUGGGCAUGGCCUGGGCCACUUCAACGUGUUGGUUCUUCAAUUUCUUAUUGGCAUUCACAUGGCCACGUUUGCAGAAUCAAUUCACGCCCACAGGUGCGUUUGGAUUUUACGCCGCAUGGAACGUAGUUGGAUUCUUCAUGGUACUUUGGUUCCUACCUGAAACCAAAGGUUUGACGUUGGAGGAAUUGGAUCAUGUGUUUUCAGUAUCUGCAACUAAACAUGCUGCGUAUCAGACAAGGAAUUUAUGGAGAAAUUUUCAAGUCCUUGUCAUGCGCAAGGACAUCGAGCCUUUACCUCCAUUAUACAAAUCAGUAGCAAUUAGCCCUACGUUUGAGGAAAAAGCCGAAAUUGUCCAUGCUGAGUAA